UUGCCUUCAUCUCAUCAUCUUCUCCCUCUUUUUUGUGUUCAACCAAAGAGAGUGAAGAACCAAAUAUACAUACAGACACAUACAUACAUACAGUUUAAUUUGUGCAGAGGCAGAUAGAGAAUAUUAGAGAUGGCUCUCUUUGACAUUCAUCACCCAUGGGCAUUUACUUUCGGCAUUUUAGGUAAUAUUGUGUCAAUCUUCGUGUACCUUGCUCCCAUGCCAACAUUCAUAAGAAUUCAUAAGGAAAAAUCAACAGCGGGAUUCGACUCACUGCCGUACCUGGUUACGCUUUUCUCUGCAAUGCUGUGGAUGUAUUAUGCAUUCCUUAAGACAAAUUCAAUUCUUUUGAUCUCCAUCAACUCUUUUGGAUGCGUUGUUGAGACCAUCUACAUCUUAAUGUACCUCUUUUAUGCAUCCAACAAGGCCAGGAGCCACACGGCCAAAUUAUUGGGGGUUAUGAAUGUGGGAAUGUUAUCUUUGAUAUUCCUAGUCACAUUUUUUACAUUCAAAGGACUGAACCGGCUUCACAUUGUUGGGUGGAUCUGUGAUGCUGUCUCUGUCAGUGUCUUCGCAGCACCCUUGACCAUUGUGUUUCAAGUUGUCCGCACACGCAGUGUUGAAUUCAUGCCAUUUCCGCUGUCAUUCUUCUUGACUCUGAGUGCGGUUAUGUGGUUUGCAUACGGCCUUUUCCAGAAGGAUCUAUAUGUUGCGCUUCCAAACGUGUUGGGAUUUUUCUUGGGAGUGCUUCAGAUGGUGUUGUAUGGGAUCUUCAGGAACAUGAAGGAAGAAGACAUGAUAUUUGACGAGGAGAAAAAUUCAGCAGCAGCAGCAGCACAAGUGCACGUGACAGAUCCUCAGCAGUCGUCUAACAAUCCGGAACAAGUAGUGCAAAACUCAUCUGGAAAGAAUAUGGACACCAUGACUGAUGCAAUUGAAGAAGAGGAAGGGAUGGGGAAGGAUGUUUGUAAAGAGGAAAACCAGCACCCUGUUGUACUUGUUUGUGCAGCUGCAGCAGUGACCUCACCUUAAUCAAUUAACUAAUUAAUUAAUUGCCCUGCCCGCCAACAAAUUAAGCCUUUGACUUUGAUCGUAUCCGCGAUCGAUUGAGCUCCCUUGCCGGCCUGGUUGAUGAUUCCUUUGAGCAGCAUUAAUUAUGUUAAUCCCUCUCUUAGUCAUCUUCUACAAUACAAACUAACAUAUACAUAUAUAGUUUCGACAGUGAAUCUUCAUCCUUGGUAGAUCUAUCGAGUUGCUGCUGCUGCUGCUGUUGUCAUACAGCUUAUCAUCGAGGCUUUGUUUUACCUCCUCUCAUCUGUACUUAGGACUUCCAUCAUACGGCUUGUAGGUACAUCUUUUAAUUUCCGCAUCAUUAAACCUACUAUAUAUUAUUAUUAUUACUAGAU